GAUGUCGCUCGUUUGGUAACUGAUAUUUGUUUUUACCUCGACAGCCACCGUACUCGCAUGUUGUUUUCGUUUGUUUAUGUUGUUAGCUUGGUGGCUAGCUAGUUUCCCAUAAUCUGAAGAUAUGGCUGACUAUUCCAAAGUGAAAAUAACAAAACUUGCUUUGAAAGGACUUAACAAGGGAAAGAAGAAGAAGCACAAGGAUAAGAAGAGAAAAAGGGACGAUGCACAAGAUAAACCGGAUAUUGUUGGUGGAUGGUGGUGUAUCAGUGGCUUUGGGGAGAUUUCAGGAACGGUUGCAAUAGAGAUGCAGACUAAUUCCUACAUCCAUGCCCUGGAUACUGGUCUUUUCACAGUUGGUGCACCACAUCAAGACGAUGAAGGGCCAGACCCCCCGGAGCAGUUCACUGCCAUCAAGCUGUCAGACUCUAGGGUAGCCCUGAAGUCUGGCUAUGGGAAGUAUCUAGGGAUCACCUCGGAGGGGGUCGUGGUGGGGCGUUCCGACGCCAUCGGCUCCCGCGAACAGUGGGAGCCAGUUUUCCAGGACGGAAAAAUGGCUCUCAUGGCAGCAAAUAGCUGUUUCAUCUCUUACAGUGAAUGUGGGGACAUUGAGGCCAAGGGCAAGUUGGCGGGGGAUGACGAGAUGGUUAAGAUCCGGUCAUGCGCGGAGAGGGAGGUCAAGCGAAACGACGACAUUGCCGACGAGGACAGGGGCAACGUGAAGAACUGCGAGCUCAACUACGUAAAGAAGUUCCAGAGUUUCCAGGACAGGCGGCUGAGGGUGAACGAGGAGGACAGCAACACGCUGAAGAUGGCCCGGAAAGACGGGAAGUUCCACGAAGAGUUGUUAGACAGGAGAGCCAAGAUGAAAGCAGACAGAUACUGCAAGUGAAGAUACAAGAAUUUAUGGAUUGUCCACUCGUCUUUGAAUUUCUUAUGUUAAAAUCAAAAAGGCUCUUUUUUAAAUUAGUUUUAUUGUUUGACUGGCAUUGAUGAAUCUGUUUUGAUGGAACUUUAUCAUGAAUACAUUUUAUUUGGUUAAGAGAAAGUAAAACUGUGCAAUUGUCAUUUCAAUCCCUAAACCCCUUCCCUAGAAGGCUCCUCAGAAGACUGAAUACCUUGUUUCACUGAGUUUCCCAUCUCAGAUAAUAAACAGCAGUAGUGGUUAUGGUGAACUGGAUUGUAUUUGAGAGAUUACCCAGUGACCAAUUUUCCUGUAAAUCAUUGCUAACAUGCCUACCACCACUAUCAUUGUUUUGCCCUAAAAAACGGCACAUCAGUAGAUCUGUUAGAUGUUUGGGACAGUCCAUUGAUGUUUGUGUAUUAGGCAAUACUGUAGGGAGAGUGGGGUAAGUUGAGAAUUUAUUUUGCUUUCAGCAUCACUACAUCAAGGGAAAUAUAGUAUUCUUUCUAACAAAGAUAUCUACAUAUAUUUCAGGAUGUUGUGUAUCCCUGGAAAUAAUCAGAAUUAAUGUUAAAAAAAUAAUAAUACAGUUUUGAAAACAUAGCUUAUUAAACAUUCUCUUGGCAAAACUUA